AUGCGGUUUAUUGUUUAACCGCCCGCCGUCAAACGUGACAGCUUUACAAUGACAAGUAACCUUUCAACAUUCGAUAUGCCAGCUUAAAACCAUCAAUACUCCCAGGACAUUCCUCCGCUCACGAAUACCGCCCAGAUGUUCUGGCCUAUCCCCGAAGCAUGACAUCACAGAUUUUGGCGGCGGAGCUAGGCAACCUCAUUCAGGACUCAAAGCGCAAGAACUCGGAGCUUCGAAAUGCUGCAGAGAAAGCUCUACAGGACCUGAAGUCCCUUCCCAAUACUUCAGAAGCUCAGCUCUCUGCCGAUAUCUCAAGACGGCCCUAUUUCAUUACCCCCUUCCUCAUUGCAUGUAGUACCCACAACGCCAAGUUUGCAUCGACUGGCGUCUCAUGUCUUCAAAGGCUCAGUGUCUCUCGGGCUUUGCCGCGAGAGAGGCUGACAGAGGUUCUGGAGGCUUUGAAGGAGUCUGUAGCAUCAAAUCAUGACAUCCAACUGAAGAUACUUCAAGCAUUACCUUCGCUACUUCAGAACUAUGCCACGGAAAUCCGUGGCGAGCUAUUAUCUAAUGUGCUACAUAUAUGCUCAAGCCUUCAAAACGCGAAAAACGUUGCCGUUAGUCAUACGGCAGCAGCGACUCUGCAACAGUUAGUGAUCACAGUCUUUGACAGGGUCGCAUCUGAAGAUGAGAAAGCCUUAGAAAUCCCAAUAGCGACUACGGUCAAGGGUGACGACGGUUCGGUCCCGGUCAGGCCAGCGGCACAUGAUGCCUACAAGAUAUUUAAUGACCUCGUCCUCCUAGCUGUAGGGGAGAAGUCGGUAUCCAUGCUCGCUUCUAUUCCAGCUUCUGGGACGCUGGAAGUGAUUGAGGCCAUACUAUCGAACCAUGAUCGAAUCAUGACUACACACCCAGAGCAGAUUUACAUUCUGCGGACUUUCUUGAUGCCGCUGAUCAUAAGAUCUUUGUCUGAUCGUCUGUCAUUUCCGAUAACAGUGCGCGUUGUUCGGAUAUUGAAUCUGGUUAUUCGGAACCACCUCGAUAUCCUUCCUUCCGAGUGCGAGAUUGCACUUGGUCUAUUGAACCAUAUGCUCGAUCCCGAGGCCUCACAACUGUGGAAGAGAGCUCUGUGUCUUGAAGUCUUUCGCGGCAUAUACGCUGACUCGCGACUGCUUCUCGCAAUCUACACCAACUUUGAUGCAGUGGAGGACAAAAAGAAUAUCUUUGGGGAUAAUCUAGCAGCUUUUGUACGCCUGGCAGUGGAGAAACCUGCUCUGAUAGGACUUGGCCAACACUCCACCGUUCCUACGACCCUUAAUGAUGGGAAUGGGGCUGUAUCCGACCAGGCUGUAGCUGAAGCAGGAGCCCUUGCUGGCCUCAUCGGCGGUCAUGUGGCCGACAGUAAUAACAAUGCUAAACCUUUCGGAAUCAGCACACAAUGGAGCUCUCUAAAAACGCCGUGUAUCGAACAUCUCGACAAGUCAGACCCGCCAAUGCUUCCUGAUACCUACGUAUACAGCCUAGUGUUGACCUGCAUUACAAACAUAUCUGAGAGUCUGGCGAAGUUCGUUCUUCCCCUGACUGUGCAUGUCGAAAGUAAGAGUCGGAAGAAGAACAAGGCUGAAGACUUGACCGAACCCGACGUUGAGGCAGGGUCUCCAAGCCCAAACACCCGUCGACUUUCAAGAACACAGUCUUUUCGCAAGAAGACGAUACCAGUAAACCCGCUCGAUCUCACAGAGCAUCCCGCUUAUGGGCACAUACAAACAUCAUCGACUCUUGUUACCGAAUGCUGGCCUGCGGUGCUUGCGACUUGUUCGACGUUCCUCAAUGCUGCUCUCGAUACAAACUACUACCGGGCCUUGGUCCGGUCGAUACAAAAGUUCACCCAAGUUGCUGGUCUUCUAAGACUGUCAACACCGCGCGAUGCGUUUCUUACCACUCUGAGCAAGGCAGCGGUUCCUUCCAACUUGAUUCUAGCAGGCGUUUCCUCUCCGAGAUCAGCUUCGGCUGAUAAAGCUGGGGUAUUCUCCAAUGCGAAGGGCUUACUCAGCGUCGAUAGUCUCGUCAGUCAAGCUUCGUCCAUGGCAUCGGAAAAGAAUGUACGACCUUCACACGAAGCGAUGGUACCCGCAUUGAGCCCUCGAAACCUCCUUUGCUUACGAGCUCUGCUUAAUCUGGCCAUUGCGUUAGGCCCGACUCUCCAGUCAGCUUGGUCUAUCGUCUUUGAAACGCUGCAAGUAGCUGAUCUUGUCAUGGCACUGUCAAGUCAGACGGGCGCCCGUAUGCUUGGAGCGUCGGGAAGUCGCACUGACCCGGAUAGCUCUCCGGACAAAAUGGAAGCCGAGACGUCUGCUGUGCAGGCAGCAGCUCGCAGAUUGUUUGAAAGCACCGUCGAUUUUCCAAAUGAGUCUUUUUCAGAGGUUCUGCAAGCUUUAUGUUCGCUGCUCCACGUAAACUCUUCCUCUGACAGUGGUCAAAAGACGCCCACGACUUCCAGUCGUCCACAAAUCCUCCACCAGCGGAGACUAGGGAGUGUCUCUGGUCUAUCUCUCAGUACUGAAACUAACUCCCGCGACUCGGCAUUUGCAUUGAACAAGAUCGGUGAGCUUGCAGCCUUGAACGAGGCUAGAUUGUCUCAGUUUGAUCCCGCGAAAAGCGGUUGGGAUAUCUUUAUCGCGGAGAUGGUACGAUGUUCGGCAGAUGAUCGUAAAACAACACCUACGAGACUGCUUGCAGCUGACGUUUUGUCACGAACGGUCAGGGAGAUCGCUGAACUUUCCAUGUCUGAUGAUCAACGUGAGGUGAUUCAAGCCCGCAUACUUGCUGCGCUACAAACUCAGAUAUCGGCUCUACAUCGCAACUCCGCCACUGACGACGACGACUUCAGUGAUACUAGCAUAAGAGUUCAUCAGGUUGCUCUCGAAGCGCUCAAGAGCGUAAUCGAGCAGUGUGGCGAUUCGUUGGUCGCUGGAUGGGGAUCAGUCCUCGACAGUUUGAUGAGUGUAUUCAUACUAGAAGGACCCCUUAAAAGCACGAAUCGCAAUGGGCGAGUGGCUCCUGGCCAACACAGCUCUUACACAGUAAAAGUCAUUUCUCGAUCUCUGGCGCGAUCCGCAUUCGCGACAGCCAACCUUGUCUGCUCCGACUUCCUAUCUGCCGUGCCGGAUGCUUGCCUUUCGACGCUGUUAAACCUCUUGGAUAGAUUCUGCUGUCAGCAGGAGGACUUGAAUAUGUCGCUCACCGCAAUCACCUUCUUCUGGAAUGUCUCAGACUUCUUGCAGUCUCGCAGUGACCUAUCAGUACUACCUAAGCUGCUUGGCGACAUUCGACAGCAAGAACAAGUCCGGCACACAGUCUCAUCACAGGCACGUGAAGGCCUGAUACCUGCGUUGUGGCUUCAGGUGUUGCUCAACUUAUCCUCCAUUACUACAGAUGAGCGCACAGAGGUGCGCAACUCUGCAAUACAAACUAUACAGAGAAUUCUCGAGAACUAUGCCGAGCAGCUUUCGUCAGACGUGUGGUUGCUCUGUCUUCGCCUAGUGUUGUUUGGCAUGGUAGAAGCCAACUUGAACGUCCAGCGCAGUAUUCGGACAUUGUCGAGAGGUGGAGACGAUCUCAGAGAUUGGAAUGAUACUACUAGGACCGUCCUCCAAACUGUCAGCGUUUCGAACACGACGUAUAUGGCGAAACUUGAUGCUUCUCAACUCGGCGAUGCAUGGUCUGAACUCCUUGAUUACUUGCAGCAGUACUUCGACUGUGGCUCGCACGCUCUCGCAGCUUCGGUCUUCGUCACCAUCAGCGGAGUUCUAUCUCAUCUAAACGAUGCUCAGACAUUGGGCACAUCUCCUCUCCUCAAGACUGCCACGGUUUGGAAGAGCUACUUCAAUUCUCGCGACGUUUGGCAAGAUGAGCAAGAGAGCAAUCAGGAUGCAUUCGUAGCUUAUGCGGAUGCAUUUAAAGCGAUCUAUUUGCUGUCUGAUGGAUCACUUACUUCAGAUUUACCCUCGAUGCUUGCGAAUCUCGAGGUUUCCAUCUCCAACUCGGACGAAGUCGCCUACUCUUCCGACGUAGACAACAUGACAGUAUUGCAGAGUCGAGUUAUGGAAUGCUUGUCCAUUGUCAGAACAGACAACGUCGAGCUUCCAUCCUACCUGAUACAGUUGCUAAGCCGCUUUAUUCUCCUACCAUACUCAUCGCUCAAGGAGGAUUCCGGGAAGCGUGGACCGACUUUUGUUGCGUUAUCGAAAGCCGCAAUGACCUUACUACAAGAUGUUGUCAUUAGACACGUGGAUGAGAAGGAGGUCUAUACCAGCGGUGCUUUCCUAUCUGCACUCAGCAGUUUGGCAAAACCAAUUGAGGAGAAGUAUCAGUGGCAGCGCGAAGGCAGGCCUCCCACAUUAUGGCAGAAAGCCACGACCACUGCCAUCACUAUAUUAAGGCCAGGACUAUCGCAUAUCAACGCGCAUGGAGUAGUCAUUGCCUCUGUCAAAAACAUCUGGACAAUUCUAGUCAACAUUGCCAACUAUAUAACGCGAGCUCAGCUGCCAUUGACAACGCCCGCCCUCGAGAAAGACGAAGCUUUCGACAUCGAGUCUUUCACUCAACUUCGCAACCUAAUCACUACAUCUCUUGGGUCAAACCUACUCCCAGACUCACUUCGUCGAACCUAUACACGCAAUCUCUUCAUUACAUCGCUCCUUCACACGCCAUUACCGGGCGAACUGCCCGACCUGACCAGUGCACCACUUGAAGAGCUCUACAGAAUCCGCCUUGGGCAAACGGCGGAGCUCGACUCAUCAUUGCGGGCCGAAAUGAGUUUCGCGUGUCUGUCCGAACUAUUCGGCCUUGUCGGCGCACAUGACAGCAGUCCUGAGCAUAUCAAGCUCGCUCAAGCAGCUGCACCAUAUCUCAUCUUGCGCGCAGCGCUUCCGCUCAAGACAUACAUCGCCGACCAACCUCUCCGCGGACGCAUGCCAGCACCCGCAUCGCAGAGACGAGAGCUUCUAUUUGUGUUAAGCAAGCUAGGCAGUUUGAGGAGUGAAGUGCAGGCCAUUCCAGACGUGCCGGGGGUCAGUUCAAAGCAUAGGAAGCAUCUGCAUAGGCUGUAUCCGCUAUUGAUCAAGGCGUCGAGGGUGGCCAUGCAGGAUGCUAAGGUACUCGAGGGGGUUGUAAAGCUGAUGGAUAUUGUGGGUGAUGAGUUUGGAUUAGAAGAGGAAUGAAAGCGAAGACCAAACCCAAAAUCCACUUCAUUAGAAUGAAGUCGUGUACUGAAAUGCAUGAUGAUAUAGGCAUUAGACACAAAUAUGAUAUAUGUAUGGCUGGGAAACUAGACAGAGCUCUCGGAGGUAUGGACGAAUCAUGUCGGCGAUAAAUUGGAA